UAUCUUUUUAGCUACAUCAAAUAGUUUCCACAGUUUCCACAUCAAACCCAUAAUCAUCACGCCUCUUUCAGCCCACUCCAUCCCCCUCCCUCUUUUUCUCUACAGUUUCUCUGCUGUACUAAAGCAGCCAUCUUUCUCUCUCUAUCUCUCUCUCUCUCUCUGUCUCUCGAAUGUCCAUAAACCCACUUUGAGCAGCAACAAUCAAACGACAACAACAUCAACAAAGAAAAAAAAAUACAAAAGCAAAAACCAAAAAAAAAAAAUCCUUCAUGGAACCAACCCAAAACUCCCCUUCUUCAAAGCUUCACAAGCCUUCGAUUACCCUUGAAAACUCCCCCUGGACCUCUCAUUUCUACCCUCAUCAAUCUUGGAUAAACUCCUACAACAAUCCCCAAGACCACCCUCUCCAUCCCUCCAUGUUCUUCCCCUCAAACCACCCUUCCCGCAAGUUCAACCUUAACCAAGACGAAGACGAAGAACUGGACGACCAAACCUCCAUUGACAACACCCAAAACCCUAACCAAAACCCUCAUGAAAACCCGUUAGACCACGAAAGAGAACCCAUGUUUGAAAAACCCUUAACCCCGAGUGACGUUGGCAAGCUGAACAGGCUUGUUAUCCCCAAACAACAUGCAGAGAAAUACUUCCCACUCGGCGGUGACUCGGGUGAUAAAGGGUUGCUACUGAGUUUCGAAGACGAGUCGGGCAAGUGUUGGCGUUUCCGUUACUCGUAUUGGAACAGCAGCCAAAGCUACGUGUUGACAAAAGGGUGGAGCAGAUACGUCAAGGAGAAGCAACUUGAUGCUGGUGACGUUAUUUUAUUCGAACGACACCGUACGGAGGGUGAUAGGUUGUUUAUAGGGUGGAGGAGGCGCGGUGCAGCAGUGGCAGUUGCGGCGGCAGCGGAUGCUGGCAACUCCGCCAUGGGGAAUAGCGGUGUUGGCGGUGGCAAUGAAGGGUGGAGUAGGGGAUUGCAUCAAGGGCAUCCUUAUCUUGGGCACAUUCAAGGCCAUGGGGCUAAUGUGCCAUACCAACCUGACUGUCUUCAUGCAGGAAGCAUUGCUCAAAAUCAAGCACCGGCUGGGAACCCAAAGAGGCUGCUGCGGCUAUUUGGGGUGAACCUAGAGUGCCAGCUCGAUGAGUCCGAGCCAUCCACGCCUGAUAGCUCGUCGGUGUCAAGCCAGGGGCCAACCCACCACCAGUUUUACUCUCAGUCCCAUAAUUCAAACUACAUGGACAUCACUUUCUCCCGAGAUAUCAAGCAUAUGAGAAAUCAUCGAGGAUAAGAUCUGAAGAUGUGACAUCCAGGAUUUGACUUAACUGAACUCCACUUGGAAGGUCAAAAGACAGUUUUAGUAUUAGAAAAAAGAGUAAAAGUAUUUUCUUUUCUUCUGUUUUUUUUUUUUAUUUUAUUUUUCUUGGAAGGCGAAGGAGUAAAAAAAAAAUA